UCCAAAAUUCAACCAUCGGAGAUUGGGGAACUUCACACUCCUUUGGUUCUUCCGCUCUACUUGUUAUUUAUAUAUAUAUAAGCGAGUAACUCUCCCACUCUUUCUCAUUGCUCUCGGAUUCAGAUUCAAUCUGAUUUCGCCGACUUUUUCUUCUUCUUUUUUCCUCCGGGAAAGAAGAACAAACAGUUUCUUGUUUUCUCGGGAGAAUUCGGGGGAAUGGCGGGUGAACGUGGAAAAUGGGUGGUGAUGGUGACGGCGCAGACGCCGACGAACAUAGCGGUUAUCAAGUACUGGGGGAAGAGGGACGAGACCCUGAUCGUGCCCGUCAACGAUAGCAUCAGCGUCACGCUUGAUCCUGAUCACCUCUGCACCACUACCACCGUCGCCGUCAGCCCCGCCUUUGACCGCGACCGCAUGUGGCUAAACGGCAAGGAGAUUUCCCUCUCUGGAGACAGGUACCAAAAUUGUCUUAGGGAAAUUCGCAGUCGUGCCAGUGAUGUUGAGGACGAGGAAAAUGGUAUCAAAAUUGCAGAAAAGGACUGGGAAAAGUUGCAUUUACAUAUUGCUUCAUACAACAAUUUCCCUACUGCUGCUGGGUUGGCCUCUUCAGCGGCUGGGUUUGCUUGUCUUGUUUUUGCCCUCGCAAAGCUAAUGAAUGUGAAAGAAGAUCAAAGCAAGCUUUCUGCUAUUGCAAGGCAAGGUUCAGGCAGUGCUUGUCGCAGCCUGUAUGGUGGAUUUGUCAAGUGGAUCAUGGGAAAAGAUAAGGAUGGAAAAGACAGUCUUGCAGUUCAACUUGCAGAUGAGAAGCACUGGGAUGAUCUUGUUAUUAUUAUUGCUGUGGUAAGUUCAAGGCAGAAGGAAACGAGUAGCACCACUGGAAUGCGUGAAACAGUUGAAACUAGUUUGCUUUUAAAACAUAGAGCAAAGGAAAUAGUACCAAAACGCAUACUACAAAUGGAAGGAGCCAUAAAAAAUCGUGAUUUUGCAUCUUUUGCACAAUUGACCUGUGCUGAUAGUAACCAGUUUCAUGCUGUUUGCCUGGACACAUCUCCCCCAAUUUUCUACAUGAAUGAUACAUCCCAUAGGAUAAUCAGCAUUGUUGAAAAGUGGAAUCGCUCUGAAGGAACACCUCAGGUGGCAUAUACUUUUGAUGCGGGGCCCAAUGCUGUACUGAUUGCGCGUAAUAGAAAGGCUGCUACCCUUUUGCUUCAGAGGCUGCUCUUCUACUUCCCUCCAAAUUCAGCUUCGGGUUUGGAUAGUUUCAUCCUUGGUGAUAAGUCAAUUCUAAAAGAUGCUGGGCUUGAGGGGAUGAAGGAUGUGGAAGAUUUGCCACCACCGCCAGAAAUCAAGGAUAGCAUUCCUUCCCAGAAAUACAAGGGGGAUGUUAGUUAUUUCAUCUGCACGAGACCUGGCAGAGGCCCAGUUUUGCUUUCUGAUAAGAGUCAGGCUCUUCUCAACCCCAAAACCGGGCUGCCUAAGUAAAUUUGGAUUAAUUGUUAUCUUGGGCUAAUCUUCCUUGUCUCUAUGAGCCUGGAGUAUUUCAGUCAGAUAUCUUCUACACUGUGCCUAUGCUCAUGGUAAGAAUUUGCUGCUUGUGUUGCUAUGUCAUGUAAUUGUAAUUUUUUUUUUUUUUUUUUUGGUCUCCUGGAUAAUUUAAUAGGGUUUAUGCCCUCUCAUAGUCUUAUGAGACGGUUAAAAAUAAGUUUGUAUUGUCUUUUGACAAUUUCAGCUGUAACUUGGAAGGCUUGAAGUUGUAACUAUUUGGGUCUAUGCCCGGUAAUUGUUUCAAUAAGAGUUAUCAUUUUCUUUU